AUGGAUGGCGAUGCCUCCGAACAGCGUCAGCGGGUGACUCGGUCAUCGGAAUCGGGUCCGCCACCGACAUAUCCUAUCGAAACCGCAGAUGGCCGAGCUCCUACCUCCGCCCAGAGCUUCACUCCGCGCUCACUCCUCGUCGGUCUCGUCAUCGGUGCUCUGAUUACAUUCUCGAAUACCUAUUUUGGAUUACAGACAGGAUGGAUCAGCACAAUGGCCAUGCCGUCGGCCUUGAUUGGAUUCUCGGUCUUCAAGGUUCUAUCAAAGCAGUUGUCAUUCCCGUUCACGCCGGUGGAAAAUGUCCUGAUCCAGACAGUGGCGGGUGCAGUUGGAACAAUGCCACUUGGGUGUGGCUUUGUUGGGGUUAUACCUGCUUUGGAGUUCCUGCUGAAGCCUGGUGCUGACGGACCAGAGGGCGACGGCGGGGAAGGCGAGGGUGGCUCUUUGAACCUUAGCUUCUGGAAGUUGGUGAUCUGGAGUCUUGGAGUUUGCCUCUUUGGUGUCGUAUUUGCGGUACCGUUGCGGAAGGAGGUAAUUGUCCGAGAGAAAUUGCGAUUCCCGAGUGGCACUGCCUCUGCUUUAAUGCUCAAGGUCUUGCAUGGUUCUGGGAACAUGGAAAAGUCUGUAGCACCAGAGAAUUCUCGCGCAGAUGACCUGAACGAGGCCACGGCGCCUCUUUAUACGCAAGAAGACACGACUCUGAAAGAUGGGGAUGCUGAAGAUCAAGCUACCAACCAACAAGAUUGGCGGUCGAAGAUGCGACUCUUGAUCGGCGCCUUUGUAGUUUCUGGAGUCUAUACACUAUUUUCGUACUUUGUUCCUGUGGUCCGUGAUAUUCCCUUGUUCGGCCUGAGCAUGGCCCACAAUUGGCUGUGGACCCUCAACCCAUCACCAGCCUACAUUGGCCAAGGUAUCAUCAUGGGCCCAUCGACCUGCAUGCACAUGCUCUUCGGCGCAGUGCUAGGAUGGGGUUUCUUAUCACCGCUGGCCAAGGCUCGUGGCUGGGCACCUGGUCCGGUAGACAGCUGGGAUGAUGGAAGCAAAGCAUGGAUUGUCUGGAUAUCACUGGCAAUCAUGCUUGCGGACUCGCUUGUUAGUCUAGGAUGGCUUCUUCUCAAGCCCAUCGUGACUCAUUCGCCCAAAUGGAUCGCCUGGUUCCGCUCCACUCGCGUGGGACAGUGGAUCGCACUUCGGCUGCAGUCCCAUCAGCAUUCAUACAUCAACUAUUCCGUAUUAGGGUCUGAGAAUCACCCGCCCACUUAUGAAGAUGAUAAUCCCCAGGUGCAUAGAGCCGAGGGCGAGGAGGAAGGGGAAGAUGCACCACCAUCCCAGCUGAUAUCCACUCGCACGGUUGUGAUUCUCCUUCCAUUGACUCUUCUGCUGAAUGUUGUGUGCAUGCAUAUCGUGUUUGGUGACAUUAUUUCUCCUUGGCUUUCGACACUUGCUACGCUAUUGGCGGUGCUUCUAUCCAUCAUGGGCGUUCGAGCUCUUGGUGAGACUGAUCUCAACCCAGUCUCAGGUAUCAGCAAGCUCACUCAACUACUGUUCUCACUUGCCACACCCUCCUCACAUUUUUCUAGACGCACUGCACUAGUUACCAACCUUCUGGCAGGUGCAGUCUCCGAAUCAGGAGCUUUACAAGCCGGUGACAUGAUGCAAGACUUAAAGACCGGCCAUCUUCUCGGCGCAAGUCCCAAGGCCCAAUUCUAUGGGCAGAUGAUUGGCAGUCUUGUAGGUGCAGUUCUAUCUACUGCUGUAUACAAACUAUAUGUGAAUGUCUACGAGGUUCCCGGCGAGAUGUUCCAGACACCUACCGCAUAUGUCUGGAUUUUCACAGCCCGGCUAGUGACUGGCCAAGGUCUCCCAGAAAUGGCUUGGCGGAUGUCCUUUUAUUUUGGUAUUGUCUGGGUAUUCAUCACCGCCCUAAGGAUUGCAGCUGCAUCUCCUGCCUUCUCCCACAAUGGAAACCCUCCACCUUGGAGAUCCUGGAUCCCAGGUGGUAUUGCCGUGGCUGUUGGUAUUUUCAACGUACCAUCCUUUACUUUGGCGAGAGCCAUUGGUGGUAUUAUUGCAUGGUGGUGGUCUCGAAAGCAUGCAGAAACCGCUAAGCAGCCUUCCGCUGGUGGAAACACAAAUGGCUCAUUCGCCCCCACAGAGCCUGGAACCGUUCAGCCUGGCGGUGGGUCAUUAUCUGCCGACCAAGCAGCGGAAAAAGCAGACGCUGCUUCCUCGACUGUUGUUGUUUUGGCAUCUGGUCUUAUUCUGGGUGAAGGUAUCAUGAGUAUUGUGAACCUUCUCCUUGCAAGUGGCCAUGUUCCACAUCUGUGA